AUGUCUUCUGCAGUGACCACCUCUGUCGUCGCGGCACUCGCCGUCGCUUGCGCCUCCCUGUUGAUUGCCGCAUACCGUGAUUACCGCGCCUACAUUGCCUUUGGCCCUCACGGGCUGCCCGACAACUUCCGCGGAUGGUGCACACAACUCUUGUUGUCUCGCGUCUCACGCAAAGACACCACUGUGCCCGCGCCCUAUGACAUGGAAGUCGUCAAGAAGUCCUGUGGGCCAAACGCUUCCACGUCCUAUCUCGCCAGGCCCUUGGCAGCUCGCCGGGGUCCCAGGCCAGAGAUCCCCGGCUUCACCGCGCCCCAGCGCCAGGUGACCGCCACCGCGUCCUCGGAUAUGAAGCUCCAGAUGGACGCGUACCUGAGGUCUUUGACAAGAGCAAACGACGAAACCAUCCAAUUCGAGCUGUCGGUGCUCGAGGGCCCAGUACCUGCCGUUCAAUUGAAGAAGGGCCUGGAGAGACCCCAUUAUCUGGACAAGACCAAGGGGGAGAUGAUCCACGUUCAUCCCCCCGAUGGCAGUACGCACCUUCUUCUUUCCCUGGCAGAUUCCAAGGCGGUCAUCGAGACAGGCUGGGGCCAGAGGCACAGACUCAGCGGUAGCCUUCUCGGUUGGGGCUAUACGCUCAUCUACGCGCCUCGGUCCCAAGCAGACUUUGAGACUUGGAAGGACAUGGUGUGUGCGUCGGUGGGCUACUGCUGCGCCGAGAUCUCCGCUAUUCAGAGCCCGUUGAGCGGAGGGUAA